AUGGGCAGGCCCCCCUCAAUUACACCCUAUACGCAAAAGCUUGCGCGAAAAACCCAUCGAAAGUCUCGCUAUGGGUGCCGCAACUGUAAGCGGCGAAGGAUCAAGUGCGAUGAGAUCAAACCGCAUUGUACCAAUUGCAUACGUCACGCAAUCGAUUGUGAUUACAGCUCACAACCCAGAGCUGCCAGCAGCUCGCCGACUGAGAUUAGUUCCUCAAACUCGACUUCUUCGGACAAAGCCGAUGGCGACUACACCUACAUCUCAUCCACCCCGACGAACUUCAAGCCGCCCACGCGAGCACAUGGCCCUUCACGCACCUCGGCAUCUGCGCCCUACCAUUCUGCUCCCCCCUCGCAUGAAAUUGCGAAGAGGCCAUUCGAAUUCACAGCUACCGACAUGGCGCUCUUUCAUCAUUUCCUGACUUCUAACGAGCUAACCGCCGUCCAACCCCGCGCUCAGCAGCAACUCUGCCGGCUAGGUUUCUCUCAUCACUAUGUUCUGCGCCUACUGCUAGCCUUCGCCGGAUUCCAUCUGGUGCGGAAAUCAGAGGGCAAUCCAAGAGUCCAGUACAUGGGCACGGCGACAGACUACUUUGCUGAGGCCGACCGUCACCUGGAGACGGCGGUGCAGGAGGUCACGGCGCUGGUCCCGCAAAUCAAUCCCGAGAAUGCGCCUGCGAUGUACGCGUCCGCCAUCUUCAUCUUUCUCUCCUCCUUGGCCAAGGGCCCGCAGCCGGGCGAGUACCUGGCCUUCCGGGAUGAUGGCGGGUCUGGGAACUUGGGGCUAUUUCUAGGUGUCCGUUCAAUUCUAGAGCUUUGCCAAAACGACAUCCCGACCGACGUUUUCGCCGUUUCCGGGGACGAAAGCCCUGAUUCGGAUACACCCGAAGGUGGCGACCAGGCCAGCCGGGACCCUGCUAUUGGUGCAGAGUCCCACAAUUACGAAUACCAUCUCAACUCACUGCGCCAGCUUCUAGCUAUUUAUGUGCCUGACUCGAACCCUCGCUCUCCCAGCUAUCAACGGAUGUUGAAUCACCUUCACUACUGUCUUGCUGCUGUUCUGGGUCCCGGUCCCCGUUCACCCGGGAUGUCUCUGUUCCCGCAUAUCUUCGCCUGGCUGUAUCAAUUACCAGAUGAUUUGGUACACGAUCUGCGGGAGCAAGAACCGAUCGCUCUCAUCCUAUUCUCGUUCUUUUGUGUUCUUCUACACCAGCUGGAUGCUGUCUGGUUUAUUCACCACUGGCCGCAACAUAUUGUCACGGGUGUUUACCGGAAGCUCGAUGCUGCAUUCCGACCGUUUGUGCAAUGGCCGCUAGACCAGCUUGGAAUCGGUGAUCCGAAACAAGUCCUAGGAACAACGACCGACCUUACUCCCUACUAUAGUACGUCGGGCUAUUGGUGA